UCACGGCGAGCACAGUGCUCGUGACAGGCGAGCACUCAGGUUUCUUGCCCCACGAGGAACACAGAGGGGGGAUUGUUUGUGGAGCCGGCAUGGGGCAGGGACGCGCUCGGGGAGUGUGACGGCACAGCCAGCACGGCGUCUGGCCGGGCCCCUCGCUCAGGCACGGGGGAGCCUCUCUCAGGCUCAGAGGGGCGCAGCGGGACGAGCCCUGCCAGAGGAGACCUCGGCGGGAGGCCGCCCGGCCACGGGAAGGCCUGGACCAAAGGCUGCCUGCCCCCUGUGCAAAGUAAACACGCGCUCGCUCACUCUUGGACUUUUGCUCCGGAGUUGUGCUGAGCUGGCCGCAGCCUCUCCCGGCGGGGACUUGGAGGCAGUGCCGGCAAGCGCCUCGGGAGCUCUCCUCCUGCAGCCAUCAUGCCCACGGUGGACGACAUUCUAGAGCACAUAGGGGAGUUCGGCUUCUUCCAGAAACGAACGUUCUUCCUCCUGUCUCUGCUGUCGGCGUCGUUCGCCCCCAUCUACGUGGGCAUCGUCUUCCUGGGCUUCACCCCGGACCACCGCUGCCGCAGCCCCGGCGUGGCCGAGCUGAGCCGGCGGUGCGGCUGGAGCCUGGCCGAGGAGCUGAACUUCACGGUGCCCGGCCCCGGGCUGGCGGGCGAGGCCUUCCCGGGUCAGUGCCGCCGCUUCGAGGUGGACUGGAACCGCAGCACCCUGGGCUGCAUGGACCCUCUGGCCGAGCUGGCCACCAACAGGAGCCUCCUGCCGCUGGGCCCCUGCCGGCACGGCUGGGUGUACGACACCCCUGGCUCCUCCAUGGUGACCGAGUUUAACUUGGUGUGCGCCCGCUCCUGGAUGCUGGACCUGUUUCAGUCGGCCGUGAAUGCGGGAUUUUUCGUGGGCGCCGUGGGCAUCGGCUACGUAGCAGACAGGUUCGGCCGCGCGCUCUGCCUCCUGGCUACCAUCCUCAUCAACGCCGUAUCCGGGGUUCUCCUGGCCGUCGCCCCGACCUACGCGUGGGCCUUAAUUUUCCGCCUGAUCCAAGGGCUGGUCAGCAAGGCGGGCUGGCUAAUAGGCUACAUCCUGAUUACGGAAUUCGUCGGGCAGAGCUACCGGAGAACGGUGGGCAUCGUCUACCAAGCCGCCUUCACCGUGGGCCUCGUGGCGCUGGCUGGGCUGGCGUACGUGCUGCCCCACUGGAGGUGGCUGCAGCUGGCGGUCACCCUGCCCACCUUCUCCUUCCUGCUCUAUUACUGGUGCAUCCCCGAGUCCCCGAGGUGGCUCAUCUCCCGGAACAGAAGCGCCAAAGCCCAGAGCGUCCUGAAGCACAUCGCAAGGAAGAACGGGAAACCCAUACCUGCGUCUCUUCAGAGCCUGAGCCCGGACGAGGAAGUGGGCGAGAAGCUGAAUCCCAAGCUGAACCCUUCGUUUCUGGACUUGGUCCGAACCCCGCAGAUCAGGAAACACACUCUGGUCCUGAUGUACAACUGGUUCACCAGCUCGGCCCUCUACCAGGGCCUCAUCAUGCACCUGAGCCUCGGAGGAAGCAACAUCCACCUGGACUUCUUCUACUCCGCCCUGGUGGAGUUCCCAGCCGCCCUCAUCAUCAUCCUUACCAUCGACCGCGUGGGCCGCCGCCUUCCGUGGGCUGCAUCAAACAUGGUGGCGGGGGCAGCCUGUCUGGCCUCGGUUUUCAUCCCUGAAGACGUACACUGGCUAAGAGUUGCAGUCGCGUGCUUGGGCCGGAUGGGGAUCACGAUGGCCUUCGAGAUGGUUUGCCUGGUCAGUGCAGAACUGUACCCCACGUUCAUCAGGAACCUCGGGGUCCAUGCCUGCUCCUCGGUGUGUGACCUUGGUGGCAUCGUCACGCCGUUCCUGGUGUACCGGCUCACCGACAUCUGGCACGAGCUUCCCCUGGUGGUUUUUGCCUCGGUCGGCCUGGUCGCCGGGGGCCUGGUGCUGCUGCUGCCGGAGACCAAGGGGAAGACCCUGCCCGAGACGAUCGCCGAGGUGGAGCACAUGCAGAGACCAAGAAAAAACAAAGAAAAGAUGAUUUACCUCCAAGUUGGGAAGCAAGACAUUCCACUACACUAGGAGAGACCUGCGGUGGUUUUGCUUUGACAACACAAGGCUGGAAUCAGAUCAUCUUCCUCUCGUCACAAAGCCUGUACAACUCGACCCCACUUCCCUUCGAGCCCUGUUAACGUAGAUCUGUAACCGAAUGGAGUUUGCUGUGCUGCCCUCUAAACUCUGCCUGUGGGACCAAAUCCUGCAACCCCACCAGUUCACUCUCCCCUCAGCUUUCCUUGGACAAGGGCCAUUGGUUUGCUGGGAUGUUUAUUCUGUCUCUGUACUUCCUUAGUUUGUUCCCUUCUUCACAGUGAUAUCAAACCAAAACACAUAGGGGAAUUGUAGCGCAGGGAAACAGAAGAGCUCUAAAAAGCAAUAAAAUUGGGAGCAGGGAGACUGUUUUCUUAAAGAAAUAAAACAUCCAAAGGAAUAUCAAGCUGUCUAAAAUGGAUGUCAAGAACUUUAAAUAGUCUCUCUUUUUUUUGGUAUCAUAUAUGAAGAAAUUUUAAAAUACAUUGGUAAGUAUCUGACCUAGACUUUAAGAGAACCUAAAAUACAAGAGUCAGGAAAUACACCCUGAGUAAUCACUGUCUCUAUAUUUAGUUAGGUAGUGCAAAUGUGUACUUUCUACAUGAGAUCUUGAGAGGAGUUUAAUAAAAAGUAGUGUGGCCCUGGCCGGGUGGCUCAGGCGGUUGGAGCAUUGUGCCCUACCCCAGAAGGUGGCAGACCCCUGCUCAGGGCACAUGCCUGGGUUGCAAGUUAACUGUGCUCUCUCUCUCUCUCUCUCUCUCUCUCUCUCUCUCCCCCCUCCCCCCACACUUCCUCUCUCUCUCUCAAUGCAAUCUUAAAAAGCAUGUCCUUAGGAUAAAAGUAAAUAAAUAAAAAUUAAAAAAAUAUAAA